UAGAAGGAUUAAAGUGGACGUUAAAUUAACAAUAAAAGAAAAAACGAACAUAAUUCUGACACGAUAGAGUUACAGUGAAGGAUACUUGUACAUGGGUGGUUGGUAAGACUAGAGGGGAACAGCAACCAUGGCGUUAGCAAAGAAGAAAUCUCUUCUGGAAUUACGGACAAACAAACCAGCUGCACAAAACACGACCAUGCUCCGCUUGUCAGAAAACGCAGUCGCCUAUCCAGCUUCAGAAGCGACGGGGGCUCCAGCAAUUCACAAGCCACGCCUUCUAGAGGGAUGUCAAUAUUCAAACUCGUCGCAGCAACCCGCGCUUGGCAACGAUUGGCUAAAAGGAACAGCAAUAAGAAGGAAGAAAAGCUAGUGCCAGUUAAACUUGAAAAUACAUAUAAAACGAAGCCGGACGAUGGGAAGCACUUUUCGCCGGAAAAAGUCGAGCGAUGCUUGAGGAACCUGCUGGAGGCUAAACUCGACAAUGCGAAAUACAGUCCAGAAAGAUGUCGAUACAUGAUAACCGAUUUAUCGACGAUUAUCAAAUCUCGAGUGAAGGCAAUGGACUUUCCGAGGUACAAAAUAGUGUGUCACGUGAUCAUCAUGGAAAAUCUGGGACAGGGGACGAAGGUAGCGAGUAGGUGUCUGUGGGACACGACGGCAGACUCGUUUGCAACGUGCACGUAUCGCAAUGACUCGCUAGUAGUGGUGGCCAACGUUUACGCCGUCUACUUCGAGUAGGUCAGCCGUGGAAUCCUGUGCAAUAAAAUGUCACUUUAUUGACGCUGUGUAUACUAUAUCAUCAUGGCUGUAUACUUAUAGUCCAUCCAAGCCCGAAUACUAUAGUCCUGUUCAAGUGUUUAGACCCUAAUGUUUUUUUGCAGAUGUUACAUUCACUUCCUAUUCAAUCCUUGUUUUCUUUACAUUUGCAUGAAAACAAACCCAAACCCCAACAAGUUUUAUGUAUAAUUCAUCAUCUAAAAUGUACAGGAGAACGAAGCUGUAUUGAAAACAUACAUAGACUUUUGUAAAAUGGAAAUAAGUCAACUUCGUGCAUUGUAGACUGAUCUCUGUGUCAUUUUAAUUACUCGAGACCUUCCUUCUACCACCCCCACCCCAGUUAUUUUACACUAGAUACGGCCCAGGACCCAUAUUCACAAAAAAGUGUAAAUUUACAUCUACGACUAGCACUUACGUGUGCCGUAGAUUUACGUUUACGUGCAAGAAGCACCUUAUUCUAAAAGAUGGUCGUAAAUAUAAACGUAAC